AUGGAACACAACUUCUCCCCGUGGCAAAGUUCCCCCGACCGUACGUGGUUCACAAGUGGGAGCCCCGACAAGUUGCCAUCUGCUCCGUCUCACACGCAGGCAGCCCAAGGCAGGGUGCGAAAGACAGCGAGGAUGGCGUCGUAUAGCAGCCAUGUUCAAUGCCUCUACGGGGAAGGAUUGGACUGCAUCGCAGAUGAAGAACUACUGGAAGAAUUCACGCCCCGGACCAUUGGUAGGAAGCGAAAAUUAAGGAGAACCCUAAGUACGCAAAGUACAGAAACAUCAACUGUAGCGAGAUCUAUGACACGUACGGCAGAUUAUUCGGCGACACUGGUGACUCAAGGAAAUAUGCGUUGUCUCCAACCAAGCUGUCGCAGCGUGGCUUCGAUCUGGGAACAGAUAGCGACAGGGAGUACGAAGGUGACAAGUUCCCCAUUAACGCGGAGGCCACAGAUUCCUGCCGCCCAGUCGAGGGUCGUGCUACUUCCUCCAUGA